GUCGCGAGCUGAACGCGCACUGCGAGAGUGUAAGUCGACGCGCGAAGACGUACUGCUCCAUCUCUAAACGAACUACACGUUGAGUUGUUGACACGCCGUUGACGUCAAGUUUGUUGUUUCUAGCGAUAACGUUGUUUCCGAUAUUUUCUCGGUCGACGGGGGCGGUUGUUGUUUGUUUAUUUUUUUGGUGGGUGCGAUUUUGGUUUUCCGGGGACGCCGCCGCGGUUUCGACGACCACGCGACGCAGAAAAACGGCACGAAGAUUAAAGCGCUCCUGGAUGCCUACCAAAUCAGUUCGACAAGCAAACCCUUAAAAACUGAUCCAGUAAGGGCAACCAGAACUUCCUGAAACCUUAGGAGGUUACAAAGACGAAGCGGAAUGAAUUGAGGGUUUUCCCAAAACGCCACGGAUCGUCUCUGGGGUUGAACGACGAAGCGUAUGUACCGACCGAUUCAUCCGAGCACGUCGGUUGAGCGGACACCGCAGUCCCGGCUACCGACGUUAAUUGAAUUCUGUAUAAAGAGCAGGCCUAACGGGCCCAUGAUGACGAUGGACGUAUCGAAAACCGAAGCGGCGAAGCCCGGAAGCUCCGGGGGACCGCAGGAGUGCGCUGGCUGCUGCAAACCGAUCACAGAACGCUACCUGCUGAAAGCGCUCGACAUGUUUUGGCACGAAGAUUGUUUAAAGUGCGGCUGUUGCGACUGUCGAUUGGGCGAGGUCGGAUCCACCCUCUACACCAAGGCCAAUUUGAUACUGUGCAAAAGGGAUUAUCUGAGGUUGUUUGGAAAUACCGGCUACUGUGCCGCGUGCAGCAAAGUAAUACCCGCCUUUGAAAUGGUUAUGAGGGCCAGAAGCAACGUGUACCAUUUGGAGUGCUUCGCUUGUCAACAGUGCAACCACAGAUUUUGCGUCGGCGACAGGUUUUACUUGUGCGAGAACAAAAUUCUGUGCGAGUACGACUACGAGGAACGCUUAGUUUUUGCUAAUAUGGCAUACAACCCGCCCCCUCUAUCGCAUCUGAAAAGGCAAACGUCCAUACCGCCGACAGCGUUGCCGAAUCACCUCCUGAACGGUCACAGACCGAACCUUCCUCCGAGCAACGGUGACAUGAACAACAACAUGGCAGCUUCCGGACAACCGGCGCAGGGUUCGAUCGCGGGGCAAUCGUUCCCGAACGCGGGACAUUUGAAAAACGGCCAAUUGUCGUUAGGAACGCCGAGCUGAAAACUGUAAAUCUCCCUCGACUGUGAUGCCUUUACGUUUGUACGAUAUAACUGCGGUUACUUUUGUUUUUCCAUUUCUUGUUUCGUAUUUAAAAAAAUAUGUAUAUACGGUAUAAUAAAGUGUUUAUAGAAAUGCUCAAUGUAUAACGACUAAUCUAGUUUAUGUGCAAUAUGGCGCUCACGAUCUCGUACUGUCCAGCUAGUGGACGCUGUUAAAUGUGAUCUGAUUUCUGACUCGACUAGCUGUCCCUCAUGCGAGUUGGUAUUUUUGCGACAAGCUGUUUUUUUUUUUUAAUUCGAUUGUGGAUCCGCGUUUUCGUAACACUUUGUGCGUCGUAUCACUCGCGAAAACGCGGAUCCAUAAUAAUGAGAUAUUUUGUUAAUUUGUUAAAUAAUUUAAAACGUAUUUUUUUUAUUUUAAAUUCAUUUUGAUUUUUAUUUAAUAUACGAUGGAUAUUUAAAAACAACAAUAAAAUUGAGCUAGAUAAUAAAAUAAAAAAAAUUACAAAAUCAAAAUUUAUCGAAAACUUUGAGGUACACUCUUCCCAGAAUUAUCAGAGAAUAAAGCCAGACCCGCUUUAGAUUUCGUGAGAAAUGUUAAAGGUAUUUCUCGAUAAUUUUUUUUGUUACCCAGUUACAACUUUGGGGCGACUGUAUCUGUUUCUACCAUUUUACUUUUGGUCGAAUUUGAAGCGAAUAUGACAUCCUAUCCAGUUUGUCGCAAAACUAUUCCCUAACCAAUCCAAAAAAAAAAACAAAAACUGAAGAACUGCGAGGUAUAUAGGCUUUUCGGCUCGAAUAAAUGUUGAUGAUAAUAAAGUAGUUCAUAAUUAAAGAUGGAUUAUACUUACUUUUUUCUACUGUUGCCAUACUUCUCGUUCACUAUUAUUCCGUUUCUUUUUUAAUAUUUAGAUUUAUUGUAUAUAUACAUAACAAUUAAAACUCGUUCGAUUCAAUGUUUCCAGUAAGGUGCCAAUUCGGUUUAAUUCUUGUACAGUACAAAAUAAGAGUAUGAUUGAUUAUUAUACCAAUGAUUUUACCAAAGAAAUAAAAAAUAU